UACCUUUGCUUGUCAAUGGUGCUGUACUCUCAGGGGUCUGCCAGUUUUACCCUUAGCUGUAGGUAAGAGUACAUUUCUGUACCUUAAAGGGUACAAUUACAAGGGUACAGCCCCCGUGACAGGCAAAGGUACACAUUUUUACCCUUUUUCUGAGAGUGUGGUUAGAGUCAUAUUUGUACUUUACCCAGAGGCUGUGCCAUAUGCACUCGGUGCAGUCGUGCAUUUUCUGGCAGGUAGAUGACUGCACAUCCUCAGGCGUAAUGGCGUGUGGGCUGGUAGUGGGACCUGCAUGCUUGGGCUAGAUUUACUGUCGAGAAAAAGCCAUGCAAAAGCCUGAUCAUACGCCUGUUUACCUGCGUGCCGGUGAAGGACUUCUGUUCUCAGUGUGCAAACGUGUUUACACUAAUGCAAUAAGAUUGACUAUCAGCGUCAUUUCAUGAUACAGAGCUCCCGUUACUGCCGGCCAAGCCCCCGCUCUCUCGAAGCCCAAGUGCUACAUCCCCCAUGGUGACGACCCUGACAUCCACUGUUCCUGGGAGCCUGCGGACAGGUCACUGUCUCCUCAAAAGUAUGUCAUUCACUGGAUGCAAGAUGACACAGGCAGGAAGAGAGAUGCAGGCGACUCGGGGGGAAUCAUCCCCCGCGCCAGCUUCCGCAGUCAUCAGCACAUGUGUGUGUGGGUCACUGCCGGGGGCGUCUCCGUGGGAGAGGAGGUCUGCUUCAACACCGCUGACAUCGAACAGCCUCGUGCCCCUGAGGUGUUAAACCACACACUGCAGCCUUUGGCAAUCAUCUGGCAGGUUCCAUGCAGUGAAAUGGACUUGUUACUCUGUGAGGUUCAGUACCGCAUUCAGGGUGAGGAAGGCUGGAUUAAGGGCAAUGACGAUGUCCAGGACACAUUUAUGCUGGAAGACGUGCAGCCGUUCAGCAUGUAUGAGUUCAAGGUCAGAUGUAGUUGCUCAAAUGUAGUCGGGGCUCCCUCAAGUGGCUGGAGCAACAGCUACAUGGUGCGGAGCGCUGAAGCAGCGCCUGUCGGAGUUCUUGAUAUGUGGAUCCAUUGUGGGGAGUCCAGUGACCAUGCAGACUGCAACCUAGUAUGGAAGGAACUGCCCCGGCAUCUUGCUCGGGGAGAAGUCACAAGAUACACAUUAACAAUGGAGAAUGAGACCAGGGGCAUUUCUGCAGCGGAACUCAAGCCGAUGGAGGGGAUCCUGGGUGCUGUAACAGAGAACCGAAGCAGAUGCUGCUUUUACCCGUCACCGCUUUCCCUGCGCAGCGUAACUGCAGUACACCUCACUGCCAUCAACUCGAAGGGAGCGACAGAGCCCACAUAUCUGGCCCUCCCCUCCCCUGGUCAAACUCCAGAUCCACUGUACAAUCUGUCCAUUAAUGUCACCAUGGUGGAACAUGAGUGGAAACUCAAGGUGUCCUGGAAUUCGCCCCCGGAGGUCGUAGAUGAAUAUGUGCUGCAGCUUGAUGAAGUCUGCCCCCCCCAGAGGUUUGACUGGAUAAAAGUGAAUCAGUCAGGAGACACGGUGAUGGAAGGUGACUUUAGGAAUUACACCCCAUACAAUCUUUCCCUGUUUGGCAUCUCCUCAAACCGUAGACGCCUCUUGGCAAUGACCACUGUGUACACCGUCCAGCAUGCUCCUCCAAAAGUGAAAAGAUUCCAGGUGUCCAGAUUAUCCUCCUCAGAGGUGACUUUGACUUGGCAGAAGAUCCCGGUCUUCGAGAGUGGAGGAGUCAUCUUGAAGUACAGACUGGGAUUCUUCAAUGAAACACCAGAAUACGAGGUUCACCACAGCACGGACAGCUACACCUUCUCAGGCCGGCAGCAGGGCCGCAACCACAUGGCCUGGAUCUAUGCGGAAACGGAAGCUGGCCCGGGACCCCCGAAUACCAUCAACUUCUUCAUCCCAGCCUCCACUGAUGUUUUUAAAGUGGUCUUAAUUACGGUUUCCCUUGCUGGAGUGCUGUGUCUGUUCGGGUGUUGCGGGCAUCGGAGAGUGUCCUGCUCUUGGUGCCAUGACAAAGUACCUGACCCAAACAACAGUCGCCUGUUCAAACCUGACCAGAAUAUAGGCAUUUGGGAAAGUUUAGGUUCCCCUGAGUCCAACCAGAACCUGUCCUGUCUGGAAGUGAUUGAGACGGAAGACUUUAAAGGCAAGGACUUUCCAGAGGAGGAGAACACACCCAGUGUACACCUGGAGAAUGAAGUGGAGGAGGAGCAGAUUUCAGAGGAUGGUGAAGACACGGCUAUGGCCCAUUCUGCCGCGAGGAACGUGGCUGGAGACCCAGGCAGUGGAGUGAACAGCUACAGCGAGAUGAAUGACAGAGAAGGCGCAGAAGUAGAUGGUGCGAGUCUGGAGGAGACGUUCUUCCCAGACUACGAGAAGCACUUCAUGCCCUGCCCAUGUGAUAUGUCGUCUUAAGCCCACUACUGGUACCUGGAAUGAGGAAGGCGAAUGACUGUACAGCACAAAGCAUUUCGACAACAGAACACUGACACAAUGCCUGUAACUUCAUCUUUUCUAUUUGUUUUGCUGCUUGUUUGCUUUAUUUAGUAAAUAUGUCACAUUUUUGGUAAGAGUUUUAUGUGUUAUUAAGAAAGUAUUACGUAAAUGUUGCAUACAACUUUGCCAAAUAUCUGUUAGCACCGAGUAAUACAUGGCAAUUGUGCACUCGCACAUUCACUUCAUACGGGUUUCACACCUAUACUGAUGCAACUAAAGGUUUUCCAAUUUGGUGCAAUGACUGAGCCACUCAAAUAGCAAACUGAAAGCUUUACUUUGUGAUAAGCUGACUUGAAACAGAAGCAAUAGGCCUCAGUACUUGGAUGUCUUCACACUGGUAUUAUGUGUCACAUUUGUAAAUGACACCUGGCCAAGAUCGGCCCCAAAGUAUCUUAAAGCUGUUGUGAACUUUAAAGAAAAACACACUCUAUGUCUGUUUAUUGCAUCAUUCCAAUAAACUAUAUCCAUAUGAUGAAUGAUUACUAUAUCAUUA